UCCAAAUCAUCUGCCAUUGACUUCCUGAACCUGACACGGUGACGGUUGAUUUGUGAUACGUUUUUUCCCCGGUCGACUCAAUCUCUAGGCGAUGUUCUGACUGUUUUCAUCUUAUUUCGUGUUUGGAAUUAAGAAAAAAAAUCCGAUCAACGCGAUCUUCCCCGUAGACGACGACCUGUUUAUUAUUAUAAUUUUUUAUUCUCGUAUGUCUUUCGUUUCUUCCCGGCUUCUCAAGAAACCGAGCUAUUAUCACCUUAUGUGGAUUUGUCUGUGGGAUUUUGAGUUUGUGCGUUUUCGUGGUAUUUGUAGCUGGAAUUGACGCAUUCGUCUUCUUCCUUAGCUGAUCUCGGUCAGGUUCGGUGCAUUGGUGGACGUCUAAUCGGGCUGUUGUAAUCAGUUGGUAGCGAAGAUCCACAGUAGAAUGGCGAUCACCGAAAGGCUACCGGUGCUGUUGGUUCUAGCGUUUUGGCUGGCUGGCCACACACAGGCUCUGGAACAAUUCGAUGAAUGCCGAGAUGGUGCCGGAGCCAGGGGAAUCUGCGUUCCGUUGAGGGAAUGUACCCAGACCAGUCAUCUGCUGAUGAGGGGCAACCUGAGCGAUGCAGAACGGGACUAUCUGAAGAAGUCUUCCUGUGGGAAGCUGGAUUCUCGUCAAGCCGUCUGCUGCCCGCUGGCUCACAAACUCGGCAAUCGUUUCGGGGCACCUGCUGCGCUGCCCGCCAUUGGCCAAUGCGGACAAACGACCGGUUCCCGGAUUGUGGGCGGAGAAAUCGCCAUGCUUGAUGAUUUUCCCUGGUUGGCGAGGAUCCAGUAUUACAAAUCAAACAAACGUUUUGGAUUCCACUGCGGGGGAGUUUUGAUCAACGAGCGCUACGUACUGACGGCUGCUCACUGCAUACAAAGCGUGCCAUCUAGUUGGGUCGUGUACAAAAUUCGCCUCGGUGAGUACGACACCGAAAAUGCGGAAGAUUGCAACUAUCACGAGCCGGAUGAUUGCGUUAAUGCUGUGAAAGAUAUCCUGGUGGCAGCGUAUUACAUCCAUGACGACUAUUACCAAGAGAAUGGGGCCGACUAUAAUGACAUCGCCUUGAUCCGGAUGGCGGAAACGGUUGAGUUCACUCCCUACAUUCAACCGAUUUGCCUUCCGAGUGGGGAUCUACUGAAAAAGACCGAUGCCGUCGGAACAAUGCUAACGGUGGCCGGAUGGGGUCAAACGGAGAACAAAACCGCAAGCCGGUACAAGAUGUACCUGGCGGUUCCGGAAUGGAAGAACGAUCUUUGCGGGGACGCCUUCAGCAGUGCCAACGUGGACAUCGUCGAUAGUCAGCUCUGUGCCGGAGGUGUCGCGGGAAAGGAUUCCUGCCGAGGUGAUUCCGGUGGACCGCUGAUGAAGAUCGAAAAGGUUCGCGAUAAGUCGGCCUGGUUUUUGAAGGGCAUCGUUAGCUUUGGGACUGACAAGUGCGGAACCGAGAACAUUCCGGGUGUCUACACUAGAAUUAACAAGUAUAUCGAUUGGAUUGAGGAAUAUAUAGAAGAAUAAACUGACGAGAAUACAAACUGUUUCAA